AUGAGCGUGAGGUCUGAAUAUCUCCCACUUGUCAAUGAGAAAGCAUCCACCAAUGAGGAAUACCAGACUGCAGCAGUAGUGACGCGGCUGAAAUACGUAAAUAUGGGCAUGUCGCCCAAGGACGCACACAAGUCGCGUAGGACGGCCUUCACAAUUGAUGCAGGAGAUGCAGUAGCGAUGUUUGCUCUCCCCGGGCCGGCAUCUGCAUUUGACACCUUUGUUUUGAACUCGCUGAACAAAGGGAUUGUAUUCUAUACUCCAGAACAGCGCAAGCGCCGUCUGGAGUUCGUCGAGAAGUACACUGCGACAACCAAAGCGGCUUUCGGCGACGAGAUUACUCAAAUGUUUGCCUUGAAUAUUUUAGCAACGUCCCCCAAAAAACAAGGGACGGGUUACGGCACUUUGCUUGUGAAGGCAGUGACGGACAAGGCUGACACUGUUGGGCGGAAGACAUGGCUAGGCUCGUCAGAUAUUGCCAAUAGGAAAUUCUACGAAGGAUGUGGAUUUGUCGUGGUGGGAGAGUUCACACUGGGAGAAGCGAACCCGACGUGGACUGCGCCACCCGUGGUCAUUCAAAUUAUGUUGAGGGAGCCUCAGUCGCUCGUUUCUUGA